AUGACGUUAGCACGCAGUGCAAUUUUCGAAGAAAUUGCACAAAUCGCCAAACAGCGAGUUAUGCUAAUUGAUGGUGCCAUGGGAACUAUGAUUCAAAGGGAGUAUUUGGAGGAAGACGAUUUUCGUGGAGAGGUUUGGUUGUUUAUUGUAUUUGAUAGGUUCUAAAGAACAUUGAUAAGAAAUGAUAACAGCUGACAUCAAAAUUUGAUCUAAAAAAACAGGUUUUUUUGUUUUGAGUAGAAUGAGAUCACUUUUUGGUGCUAGAAAAUAAUUCAAAAAUUGAUAUUGUUAGAAAAUUUACAAGAAAUCCGAGAUUUUUGAUGAAAAUUAUAUUUCCUGGUAGAUUUUUUUAAAAGUAAAAAAAAUUCAUUUUUCAAACCCAGAAAAUUCGAAAAUUUUAAUUUUACCUUAAAUUCGUCAUUUUUCGAAUUUAUCGUAAUUUCAGGUUGCAAGAAAAUACGAGAAAUUCAGAAACUUGCGAAAUUCAUGUUUUCUAGCUCAAAAAUCGCAUUUUUCAGAUCCUCAAAGAGCACACCAAACCUCUUAAAGGAAACAACGAUCUUCUAUCCCUGACAAGACCCGAAAUCAUCUAUAAAAUCCACAAACUUUACCUGGAAGCCGGUGCCGAUUUUGUGGAAACCAACACAUUUUCUGGCACAACAAUUGCUCAAGCUGAUUAUGCUUGUGAACAUUUGGUGCAUGAUAUUAAUUUUGAAUCGGCUAAGCUUGCGAAGAAAGCUUGUGAAGAUGUUGGAAAAGCGACGGGUGAGAGAAUUUUUGGAUGAAAAAUUCAAAUUUUAAAUAUUUCACAUUAAAAAAUGGUGGAAAUUUUGAUUUUUUCACCCAAAACCCAAAUUUCCCUUGCCAAAGUUGAAUUGUUCCUAAAAACCAGGUAGACGUCGUUACGUGUGUGGUGCAAUUGGACCAACCAACAAAACCCUAUCGAUUUCGCCGUCUGUUGAAAAACCCGAUUUCCGGAACGUUAGUGAGUUGAUUUCGGGGUUUUUUGGGAGAAAUUAUGAGAAUUUUUGAGGAUAUUGGAGCAUUUUGA